AGCGCGGUCGAAUUGAAAGAUUAUAACUUCCAAAGUUCCGGCGCUACAUAGUGUCAGUCUUACUGCAGCUCUUUUACUCUUUCUCUUUGCUUUUCUGUCUUGUGCUUUUCUUUCUAUUUUCUUAUCACCGCUUUAGUUUUUUUAAUCUUUGUCUUAACGCGAAUUUUAAUCAUUUAGGGAUUUUUAAAUUUCCUUUAUUUACACUUCCCUACUCAUUACAUUCCUGUUUAAUUUAGUUAUUAUGUCUUCUAGUACUAGAACUCCUCUUUCUGUAAAGGCAGAUAACGCACAGUCCAUCAUCCAGAAUGAAAAUACUCCCCCCACCCUAAGCGAGGUGAAGAUGCUGGCUUCGAAAACUGCAAGAAGAAUUUUUGCGGACGAAAACAACGCGAAAGCGCAAUCUGUUCCAGGAGCUAAACUAGAGAAGAAGCUGAAACAAGGGGAGAACCUGCAAGAUGAGCCAUUGUUAAGAGAGAAUCCUAGGCGUUUUGUUGUUUUUCCCAUCCAGUACCAUGAUAUUUGGCAGAUGUACAAAAAGGCUGAAGCUUCCUUCUGGACAGUGGAAGAAGUGGAUCUGUCAAAGGAUCUAAAACACUGGGAAAUAUUAAAACAGGAGGAGAAAUACUUCAUUUCCCAUGUACUUGCAUUCUUUGCUGCAAGUGAUGGCAUUGUAAACGAGAAUUUGGUGGAGCGUUUCAGCCAGGAGGUGCAGAUAACAGAAGCACGUUGUUUUUAUGGUUUCCAAAUUGCUAUGGAGAACAUUCACUCUGAAAUGUAUAGUCUUCUUAUUGACACCUACAUUAAAGACCCCAAUGAAAGAGAAUUUCUUUUUAAUGCGAUUGAGACCCUCCCUUGUGUAAAGAAGAAAGCUGAAUGGGCUUUGCGUUGGAUUGCAGACCAAGAUUCUACAUUUGGAGAACGUGUGGUAGCCUUUGCAGCUGUCGAGGGAAUAUUCUUCUCUGGUUCUUUUGCUGCAAUUUUCUGGCUGAAGAAGAGGGGUCUUAUGCCAGGGCUUACAUUUUCUAAUGAGCUCAUUAGUCGAGAUGAGGGUCUGCACUGUGACUUUGCAUGCCUCAUGUUCCGCCACUUACUUCAGAAGCCAACAGAAUCCAGAGUCAAGGAGAUAAUUGUGGAUGCUGUAAGAAUUGAACAGGACUUUUUGACCAAGGCUCUUCCAGUUAAUUUGAUUGGCAUGAAUUGUCAGCUGAUGAAGCAGUACAUUGAGUUUGUAGCUGACCGGCUACUACUUGAGCUUGGAUUCACGAAGGUCUUCAGAGUGGAGAAUCCUUUUGACUUUAUGGAGAAUAUCUCUUUGGAGGGAAAGACCAACUUCUUUGAGAAGAGAGUGGGAGAGUACCAGAAGAUGGGAGUUAUGUCAAAAAAUAUCGACAAAACAUUUACUCUAGAUGCAGAUUUUUAAUAGACUUUGUUUGUAUUAAAUCAGACUUACUUUUACAUUGCUUUAAUGUCUUAAUUCUAGCAUGUGUAAUAUCAAUGUCCCUGGAGUAGCAAGAAACAUGCCUAAGGCUUUGACGUCCAUAUGCAGGAAGUAUCUUUGGCAUAAGUUGGCCUGGUUCAACCACUCUAGAAUGCUUUGCAUUUUAAUGAGGUGGAAAUGGAACAAAAAGCAUUAAAGCACCUCUCUUGACCUUCACUUCAACAAGUUGUGAACAUGUGGCAAUGUCUGUUCAAUAGAUUCUACUUCUGACUGGGUAUACGGAUGGUCUGGAUUUCCUAAGAGUUCUAGAUAUAUUAUUCACUUAUGUUUCUGUGUGGGAUUCAUGGGUCUAAACGGCCCUGGUACACCUGUGCUGGCGCAGGGCUUUAAUGCAGUAGGAGCAGAGAAUUGGAUGACCUGGGCAUUUCUGGUUACGGGGUGAAAUGUAGUCCUGUUAUGUUUCUGUUUAGCCUGUUAACCUUUUUAUGUUUUGUAUGCCUGUGAUCAACACAAACUUUUUUUUUUUGUAAGCUUUGGUUUUAAUGUCUGAAAUUUGUAUAUGUUGAAUGAAGGUACAUUUUAAUUGUAUAUUAUGAGUUGCAGUAACAUGUUGAAGGUGCUAUUGUGAAAUAUGAAAAAAAAUUGUCACUAUAAACCUUAUGGGUCUUAAAUGAAAUUUUGAAUAAAAAGUCCUUAACCUUG